GCGCCGGCUUUUCCCGCGGCGGUUCGGAGCGAGCGGCCGUUGCGGCGGCUAACGGUCUCUCCGCUCGUUCCGAGCGACGCCGGGACCGUCGGGAGGGCGCCGGGAGCCGAGAUGGCGGCCCCGGAGCCCGGCCUCGGCGGCUACGGGCGGAGCGAGGCGGGGCCCCGCGGGGAGAGGGAGAAGCAGCCGCCGCAGCAGGCGGCCGGGGGCCAGGGCUCGACCCGCAGGGGUAUGGUUUCCUCGCCGCCGCCGCCGCCGCUCUGCCUCAGGCGCCGAGUGAAGCUGCUGCCGGGACCUGAGGAAACGGUGCAGAGCCGGGUAACCCUGGAGAAAGUACUGGGCAUUACAGCCCAAAACAGCAGCGGCUUAACAUGUGAUCCGAACACAGGCCACAUCGCCUACUUGGCUGGCUGUGUGGUGGUGAUCUUGGACCCCAAGAAGAGUAAGCAGCAGCACAUCUUCAACACUGCCAGGAAAGCCCUGAGUGCCCUGUCCUUCUCUCCUGAUGGCAGAUACAUUGUGACUGGUGAGAACGGGCACCGGCCGGCUGUUCGGAUCUGGGACGUGGAAGAGAAGAGCCAGGUGGCGGAGAUGCUGGGCCACAAGUAUGGGGUGGCAUGUGUGGCCUUCUCGCCGAACAUGAAGCACAUCGUGUCCAUGGGCUACCAGCACGACAUGGUGGUCAACGUCUGGGACUGGAAGAAAGACAGUGUGGUCGCCUCCAACAAGGUGUCAUGUAAGGUCAUCGCCAUCUCGUUUUCUGAGGACAGCAGCUACUUUGUGACUGUGGGCCACCGGCACGUCAAAUUCUGGUUCUUGGAGAUGUCCAAGGAAGUAAAGGUGACUGGCACGGUGCCCCUAGUGGGGCGCUCAGGCAUCCUGGGAGAGCUACACAACAAUGUCUUCUGUGGCGUGGCCUGUGGGAGGGGCAGGAUGGCGGGCAACACCUUCUGUGUGUCCUACUCCGGUCUCCUCUGCCAGUUUAAUGAGAAGAGAGUCCUGGAAAAGUGGAUCAACUUAAAGGUCUCCCUUUCAUCUUGCCUGUGUGUCAGUGAGGAUCUCAUCUUCUGCGGCUGCACUGAUGGGACGGUCCGCAUCUUCCAGGCACAUGACAUGCAUUAUGUGACCAACUUACCCAAGCCCCACUACCUGGGAGUGGAUGUGGCCCAAGGCCUGGAUCCCAGCUUCCUCUUCAGUAGGAAGGCCCAGUCGGUCUACCCAGACACGGUGGCUCUGGCCUUUGACCCCCACCACCACUGGCUCUCGUGCGUGUACAAGGACCACAGUAUCUAUGUUUGGGACAUCCUUGACCUAACUAAAGUGGGCAAAGUGUGGUCCGAUCUUUUCCACAGUUCCUACGUCUGGAAUGUUGAGGUCUACCCAGAGUUCGAAGACCAGAGAGCCUGUCUGCCCUCCGGAUCGUUUCUGACCUGCUCCUCAGACAACACCAUCCGCUUCUGGAACAUGGAGAGCAGCCCGACUUCCGGCCGGCCCAAGAACGUUUUCAGUAACAACCUGCUAAAGGUGGUAUAUGUAGAAAAUGACAUCCAGCACCUGCAAGACAUAUCCCAUUUCCCAGACCGGGGGAAUGAGAAUGGGACUCCUGUGGACAUGAAGUCAGGAGUGCGGGUCAUGCAGGUCAGUCCUGAUGGUCAGCACUUGGCCUCAGGCGACCGCAGUGGAAAUCUGAGGAUUCAUGAGCUCAGGUUCAUGGAUGAGCUGAUUAAGGUGGAGGCCCAUGACGCAGAAGUUUUGUGUCUGGAAUAUUCCAAACCUGAAACUGGGGUGACAUUGCUGGCCUCUGCCAGUCGGGACCGGCUCAUCCACGUGCUCAAUGUGGACAAGAAUUAUAACUUGGAACAAACCCUGGAUGACCAUUCCUCCUCAAUCACAGCCAUCAAAUUUGCAGGGAACAGAGACAUCCAGAUGAUAAGCUGUGGAGCUGACAAAAGCAUCUACUUCCGCAGUGCCCAAAAGGUUUCCGAUGGCCUUCAUUUUGUACGCACCCAUCACGUGGCAGAGAAAACUACCUUGUAUGACAUGGACAUCGAUAUCACCCAGAAAUAUGUGGCUGUGGCCUGUCAGGACAGGAAUGUGAGAGUCUACAACACGGUCAAUGGCAAACAGAAGAAAUGCUACAAGGGUUCUCAGGGGGACGAUGGCUCCUUGCUGAAGGUGCAUGUUGACCCUUCGGGCACCUUCCUAGCCACCAGUUGUUCUGACAAGAGCAUCUCGGUGAUUGACUUCUAUUCUGGAGAGUGCAUUGCCAAGAUGUUUGGACAUUCAGAAAUUGUCACAGGCAUGAAGUUUACUUAUGACUGUCGCCACCUGAUCACUGUGUCUGGAGACAGUUGUGUCUUUAUCUGGCAGCUGGGCCCGGAGAUCACCAGCUGCAUGAAGCAGCACCUGAUGGAGAUCGAUCACAUUGAGCAGCAGAAGAAGCUCAAAGAGAGAAAGUGGACCAGCCAGCUGAGGCGGGAAACUUACAUGUCUGUGCCCAGCGGGACUUGUUCCCUGAGCCCUGGAGAGCAAACGGAGGAUGAACUGGAAGAGGAGUGUGAGCCAGAGGAGCUACUGAAGACCCCCACCAAAGACAGCUUUGAGACAGAUCCCCGAUGUCUGCUGACCAAUGGCAAGCUUCCCCUCUGGGCUAAGCGGUUGCUGGGGGAUGAGGAUGUGGAUGGGGCCACGUUCCAUGCCAAGCGGAGCUACCAGCCCCACGGCCGCUGGGCUGAGCGGGCUGACAGGGAGCCCAUCAAGACCAUUCUGGAUGCCCGGGACCUGAAUUACUAUUUCAGCCCCGUGAACCCCGACGUGCUGGAAGACUCUGGCCUGGAGAAGGUGGAGCCACAGAACCUGGCCCAGCUGCUCAAUGAGACAGAGGGCCAAGAGGAUCCAAGCCAGACGGAAGGUGGAUUCCAGUGCCCUGACUUCCUCCAGUUGGAUCUGGAGUCUUCUAAAGAGAGUGACAUCAUCAUUUACACCCUGGAGCCAGAGGCCCUCCCCGAGAAGAGUGAGUACCAUAUGAAGGAAGUGGACAUCCCCCCCUCUCAGCGGGGCAAUGGGUAUCUGCGAGUCGGCUCCGUUCUGAAGGGGGACCUGGACAGCCGUGUGCGGGAGCUCCAGCCUGAAGGUGGGGACUCGCUCGAGUCUGAGGCUGAAACGGAAGUGGAGCCCGCUGACCUGGAAGGCAGCUUCAAAGCCAUUCACUCCUCACCCCCCCAGCCCAAGGCCGAGAAGAGCCCUCUGGAGCUGAUGCCCUUAGUCCCAGAGAGCACAUUGGAAGUGGAGCUCAUCGGACCCGAGGGGCCCGUGCCCCCCAGCAGCUCUUUGCCGCAGACCCCAGAGCAGGAGAAGUUUCUCAGGCACCAUUUUGAAACCCUCACUGAUGCCCAUCCUGAAGAACUGUUUAAUGGUUCCCUGAAGGACAUGGAGGCCCCUGAGGUAGACACGGAAUCUGAGAAACAUUUCUUCCUCAACCCUCGCCUGAGCAUUUCUGCCCAGUUUCUUUCUCGAUUCCAGAAAAGCCCCAGGUUUGCGCACACCUUCCCACCGACGUUGCCCCUUCAGUUAGUGAAGCCGCUGGAGGCUGUGGCACUUGGCCGGGAUGGGCCCGAGGCCCAGAGGAGCUAUGAGGCCGCAGACGCCUCUGAUGGACUCCUUGGUGGGAAGGCAGCCAAGAGCACGGAGACCCCAGCACCUGCGUCCUGGUGCCCACUGAUCUCUGGCGUCACUGGCAUGGGGUCAGGCCCACCCUCAGAAGCUCUCAUGGGCCCCUCCCUGGAGGAAGAGAGGGCAAGAAAAUCGAAGCAGUCACCUCCACUCCCCUGCACCCUGGCCCGGGGUGGCCGAGAGCCCCGGGCCCGCUCCUACCUGGAGUCCACCACGAGCUCCCGAGCCAAGAUGUCCCGAAGUGUCUCUCUUGGAGAAAACCUCACCCCGACCCUGACAGAACCCCCCCGACCCCCAAAUGGCCUGAGGAGGCCUCUGUCCAUGGGAGAACUCUCGAUGUUGGGGCAGGAUGGUCAGCCGAGCCCGGCCAGAGAGCCGAGUGCCCCAGAGCGGGGCCCGGACCUGCCCCUGUGGGGUAAUCAUGAAGCCCGAGCCAGCCUGAGACUGGACCUGCCCAAUGUCUGUGACCCGCUCCGGAUGCCUCCCCGCUCCCCACCCCCUGCUCCCGCCCCAGCCCCGAGGCCUCCAGAGGUAGGCCCAGGGAGAGGCUGGCUCAAGGAUUCCCUGGCCACUGUGGAGACCUCCCCUGCGGCGUUCCUGGCCAGCGACACUCCUGAGAUGAAGGCCAUGGGCCUCUAUGAGCCUGGCUUCCUCCACAGGCUGUCGGGAGCCAAGCCACCAGUUCAGGCCCUCCCCGAGGGCCCGGCAGCCAUAGAAUCUGUGGGGCCUAGGGGCAUCGCUUCUGAAACCCCCCUCUUGGAACCUCCCUCUGUCCCCCAGCUCAGCAUGAGGAAUGUGGAGAGCGUCACCCAAAAGCUGCAGCGCAGCUUCCAGGAGGCCCUGGACCUUUACAAGAUGGUGGUUUCCAGCCCUCAGAUGAGCGGAGAACAGCAGCAAAUUCGGGCAGAAUUGUCAUCUACCUUCCUGUGGAUCCAGGGCCAGCUGGAAGCCAUGACCUGGCUUGGGGGGGAGGAGGACAUGCCUCGAUCCUUCCUGGUGAGGAGCUGCCGGCCCCAGCCCCGAGACUGGGGCCACCUCGCCGACCAGCACCGAGGAGACGCCUACGUGCCAGACUGCAGCCUGGACAAAGGGUUGGUUGACCAAGGAGGCCCCAAGGCGGGGGCCAUAGGCAGAGAGACCUCCGGGAGUGCCCCAUCCUGCCCGCCUCCCAGCAGCGGGGAGGCCCAAGCCCGGGUGAGAGCCCCCGGCAGUCUCUGGGGGUGGGGAGCCUGGCCCAGGCGGGGGGAAGGAGAGGUGCCCCCGGCUGAGCGGGGCCCCGGAGGGCUGAGCUGCCCCCUCUGCCCUAAGGUUUUCCCGCUUCAGCGCAUGCUAACCCGCCACCUCAAAUGUCACAACCCUGCCCGGCGCCACGUCUGCAGCUGCUGCACCAAAGGUUUCCACGAUGCCUUUGACCUCAAGCGGCACAUGAGGACGCACACGGGAAUCCGGCCCUUCCGCUGUCCGGCCUGCGGCAAAGCCUUCACCCAGCGCUGCUCCCUCGAGUCCCACCUGGGCAAGAUCCACGGGCAACCUCCGCGCUACGGCUACCGGGAGCGCCGGGAGAAGCUGCACGUGUGCGAGGACUGCGGCUACACCAGCGCCCGCCCCGAGGACUACGCCCAGCACCGGGCCCUGCACCCCGGCCGGCCCUCAACCCUGGGCCCCGGCUACCCCUGAGAAGGCCGGCCCCCAG